AUGGUCUCUAUUACUCCACUCAAAAUUUUCAUUUACUUUUUUUUCUUAACAUUUUUGGUUGUGGAAGUCUAUCCUCAGAAUUCAUGUUUAGGCAAUCCAGAUCCAUGCCAGUCUUGCAUCUGUUCAUGCAAGCAACAUAGACCUGAAGAAGAUUGUACUACUCAUCAUGUCAAACCCCUUUUAGCCGCAGCACUCAGUGCUAUUACAAAUCAGAAUAUUAUUACUUAUGACGACUAUUUAAAGGGUAAUGGAGGUUAUUGCAAUGAAUUGGAUCAAAAAUCUCUUCAUCAGUCUCAUUUAGUCGGUGGUAGGGUACCUUACGCUGGCGUAAGAUUAAAUGGAUUAGGCGAAGGUGGACAAUUAUUCAUUAAAAAUUUAUCUGGUAUAACUAUAACAUUGGAAGUCCAAUUUACUAUGACAAUUGACCUAGUAAAAUCAUUAUUUCAAGAUAGGGAAGGUAUACCGUCAGACCAGCAAGGAUUAAUUUUUGCUGGUAAAGAACUAAAAGAUGGACGUACUUUGAAUGAAUAUAAUAUAGAAAAGGAAUCGACCUUACAUUUAGUAUCGAGAUUGAGAGGUGGUGGCGGAAGGUUCACUAGAAUUAACAGAUAUGAUCAAAGAGCUUUGUUCAACAGUCCCACUUUAUAUCUUCCUCAUAAUCAUCUUGCUCCAAGAUUCGAUUAUGAUUUUACAAAUAUACAUGAUUAUUGGAGACGUCCUUGUGGUUGGAAAAGAAUCGCCCUUAAUGUUCUUGACAAAUAUGAAGAUAAUAUUUGGCUUGGCGUUGACGAUAGAUACUCUUUAACAAGUUCGGUACAAAAUGAAUUGCCAGUUUCUUAUCAUGGAACUGCCAAACAUAAUUGUAAAUCAAUUGCUGAAGAAGGUUAUGAUUUGUGUAAAUGUAAACGAUUCAUAUUUGGACAUGGAAUUUAUUCAACACCAGAUAUUGACGUCGCAUCUGCAUAUGCUACUCAAUUCACUCAUGAGGGAGAUAGAUAUCAAGUUGUAUUUCAAAAUCGGGUUAAUCCAAAUAAUUUAGUUAGGCUUACAAAGAAAGAAACUGGUGUUGGUGAAUAUUGGAUUUCGCCAAAUGGGGCAGAUUUACGUCCUUAUG